AUGCGAGCCUUUAGCCAGCCCAGCGGCGUCGAAUGGAUUGUCGACGGCGAGGAGACGGCCUUAUUGUCCCAUCACUACCAGAUCUGCGACGUGUUAGAGAAGGGCCCAAUAUGCACGGUGUAUCGGGCCACCCAGAGGAACACCUCCAAAACCUUCACCAUCAAAUCCCUGGACCUCCGACGUUACACUGCGGCCUCGGGACUCACAGCGGAGGGCAAGUUCCUCGGCAAAAAAUUGCAGACCUACUCUAAAUGCUUUUAUAAAUGCUAAAACGGGUUUUACGAGAUGUUGGAUAAAAUCUAAGCAGUACAUUUUGACAAAUUACCCUUGAAAAUACUGAAAAAAUACAUUUCCUUUUCAGUUGUAGAAAAAGAAGUGGAGAUCUGCGCCUCCUUGAAACAUCACUACUUUUGUCAGCUCCGAGAUGUGAUCUCCGGUCUGAAUGCCUUGCAUAUGAUCUUCGAACAUGUGGAAGGUGCAGAUAUCUGUUUUGAGAUUGUGAAACGAGCAUCCGCCGGGUUUAUUUAUAGUGAAACUGUAGCUAGGUGAGUCUGAUUCUUUUGUUUUUAUUCCACUUUUAGUCAUUACAUUAAACAACUCACCGAGGCCUUACAUUAUAUGCAUUCUCAAUUCAUCGUUCACCGUGACAUCCGACCGCAUAAUAUUCUCCUUGCCAAGUAUGUUGCGUGAGAUCACAAAUAAAUUAAUUCUUGCAAUUAUGCAACCGCUUUUUAGCAAAGAAAACAACGCUCCUUUGAAACUGCGGGGAUUCGGGAUUGCGUGGAAGUUGGCGGAUCAGGACGACAAAUGCCCUGCGGGUCAGAUCGGAAUACCUCAAUUCAUGGCACCAGAAGUCGUGGACAAUAAGCCCUACGGGCGGGAAGCGGACAUGUGGAGUUUGGGGGUGCUGAUUUGCGUUUUAUUGAGUGGCCGGCUCCCAUUUACUGGGCCCAAGGAUCAAUUGUUCGAUCGGAUUCGGAUCGCUGAUUUUUCUGUAAGAAUUUUAAAAUUUCGUUUUCAAAAAUUUUUAUCGUCUUAAAAUGACUGCUUUUCGAUUGCUUUAUUUUCAGCUGAAGUCGGGUUCAUGGAAAAAGAUCAGUGAUCCCGCCAAAGACCUGGUCAAAGGCCUCUUAACGGUCGAUCCGAGGAAACGACUAACGGCCGAAGACGUCCUUGAGCAUCCAUGGGUCCAAGAUCGUUCGAUUCCACCACGAAUUCAUCUGGGAGAGACGGUGGAGAGCAUCAGAAAGUAUAAUCAUCGACGGAAAUUGAAGGUAAACAAUGGCGGCCGGACAACCCGCGGCCGAAAACUCCUUUUUAGGACGGCGGGGACUUAAUCCGAUUUUAAAAAUGCCGUUUGAAUGAAAGAAAAAAGCCUCCAGGGGCCGAAUUCUUUGAAUCUCCGAUUCCCGAAUCCAAAAGGAGUUGUGUCCGGCAGAGUUUCUUUACAUUCAUCCCCAUCCACUUACAGAGUAAUAUCAUUGCGGCGGUAAAUAAUCCCAAAUGGAAUCGGUUCCCUGUCCACUCGUUCCUCAGCGCCGAUUCCAUGCCCGGAGGCGAUGUUUGUGAUUCGGAUUGUACGCGGCGAGGGCCCAAUGAUCAGACGGCCGGCAGCGACAUGGCUGGAGUGGAGAAGGUCGGUUUGGGGAUGGGAUUUUGAGGGAUCGUAUCUGGGAUUUUUAGGAGAAUAGGCGAUUUAUAACAAUAAGAUUUCUAUCAAAUUUUGCAAGGAAAUUCUAGACAGGCCAGAGUAUUCGCUGAAGUUUUUGUCACUUCUUUGUCGCCAUCGUGAAGAUAUUCGUCGAUGGUUGCCGAGAAGACGUUAUGCAGAGAGUCAAACAAAGAAAAAAAUUUCGGUCAUAGCUGAAAAAGGAUAAACAUGAUUUUACGCAGAACUUUUUCCCAAUCUUAUCCUACAAACUUGCAGAUUCUAACAUCUCUCGACAAGAUGACAGUCCUCACCGACCAAUCCCUCGACACUUGUACCGCCAUCGAAGAACAACAACUUCGGCAUGCCAUGAACGAUUCCGAACUCCAUGACAUCCUCAAUGUAAGUGUCUUUUGCAUCGUCUAGAGCCCAUUCUAGAUAUUGCAUUAAACUUUUUUUUUCAUCUUCGUUCUUUUUCCUUCGAACUUUCUUAUAAACCCGAAGAACUGCUGAGAUAAAAUAAAAAAAGAAGCUUAGGGAUGAAUCUGAAAGAUUGAAUUUUCUUGUCAGGACCUCUUCCCCCUCCAAUUAAGGUCAAUAUUUACGUGGCUAGGAAAUUGGGUUUUUUCGGGCUUGCCCUUCCCCGCAUGGAAACGCAGCGACUCAUGAGUCCGGUGAUUUCGGGCGUCGCUUCCUUCGGCUGAUUUGAAACAGUGCAGGGACCACGUAGCCCUUGAGGGCACCUUUGCACAGUCAGCUGUUGUCUUGGGCCCGGGAGCUGAGGAGAAAGGGGGAAAAGAAAGGACCCGUUUAGCCUUUCCUCUCGCCCCUUCUCCUUGGCCACGACCUUCUUUCUUGGGGCCACUCUCGAGCCCUGUUCUCGGUCGAGAGUCGGCCGCCCCUUGCCCGUUUCACGGCUUUCCGUUUAUGGCUACGCUCAUGCCAUGUCCGUCGAUGCCCAUUUCCGUCCACUCCACCAUUCCGUCACCGAGAUUACCAUCGACUUCGAGGUAAUUUCUUUCCUUUUUUGUCAUUCUUCCCGUUCUUGCGCGCCUUAUUUGUUUUGUCAUCCUGGAAAUUGUUUUUGAGAUUUGAUGAUUGGGCCGCGUUGGGGCCGCGGAAUGGUCUCUCCCUUUAGAAAAACCCUUGGAAAUAUUAUUGUUUCCUCGUCUUUCCGUCUUUGUUGCAACAUGAUAUCACUCAAGAAAGGUGCUAAAGUAGUCGGAAUAAGUAUGAAUUUCGGCGGAAAAAAAAAGUUUUUUGGGGAUCCAAAAAAAAAAGAGAGAAAAGAAUUUAAACUUGAGAAAAACACUUAGAGACCAACCAUAAGGCCUAAAUUUACAGGUAAUCUUUGUUUCCAAACUAAACUGGGCAUGAAUUAAUAGUCAUCAUUUUACGUGUCGUUGCGAAACCUUUUAUCUAGUUCAUUAAUUUGGGAGCUUGUUUCUUCGAUUGUAAUCCAAAGGCAUAACAUUGUGCAGAACUUGUCGUAACCAUCUGAAUCCUCCGAUCCAAUUAUAAUUCAUGUCCAUUUGGCCAUAAAUCGGGCGUUUAAUUGGGAGAUCGGCUUUUGAACACAAACAAACCCAUUCGUUCCUUCGGAUCGAGAUUAAUCAAAUAUUUCUCGGCCCUUUAUCACCUGUCAUUCAAUCGGCAAACACUUGUUUGAGCGCGAUUCCCAUUUUUUGUCGCUUAUUGUUAGUGUCGCGACUUUUUUUCGAUUUCUGGCCACAUUUUUGACGGCCUCAUUCAGCCCCUCAUCGAUCAUCCCAUCCAGCCCCAAUUUAUGUUAUUUCCCCUCCCUGCAGCCUUUAGUUUUGUCAUUAUUUCCUCGGCCUCACCACUUUCCCGACCAUUAUAUUGCACUUGACACCUCUGUCGGAAGUUAUUCCGAAGGUGUCAGUGGACUGUUUACUUGUUGGGAAAACGCGGAAAGCAUUCGAAUUUGUGGAUUUGGACGGAGUCCACUUGAACAAGAUCCACUCUUGAUUGAAUUUCUACUACCUUGUGAUAUAAUUCUUGUUAAUAUUGCCUCGAAAAGAACGGAGAUCAGUAGGGUUGGUCUGAUGGACUCUAAUGUCUACCAAUACCUAUUAAUGGGGCUGUUAUGUGGCUCCUUUUUCACUUUCUUUGUCUGCGUCUGUUGUUUGGGAGUGUUUGCUGAUCUCGGAUCUCAAACACGGGUCUUCAAAUUUCCGAAGAUCAAGAAGAAAACGAGGAAUAUGAAGGCAUCAAAUCCCUAUUCUCGACAAAUCCAUCGACUGAUCAACAACUUCGUUCCCAUUCCGACAACAAACGGGCCGGCGAUUGUAAUCACCUUGUUGGAGAAUGGAAAUAAUCUAGAAAAGAUGACUGGAACACCUGCUAAUAAGGAUGUUAUAACUGAAAAUUGUGAGAUAAUCGCUUCAACCACUGAAGAAACGAUUGUCGAAAAGUACGAAGAACAACAAACCAUUCGAGAUCAUGUGGAAGACGACGUUCUUUGGCCCAAAUUGACGAAGCAAACCCACAAUAUUCCCCUUUCCACCCUUUCUCUUAGCUCACGUACUGUCUUUUACUUUCAUCUCCACUGUAUAAUAACCCUUCCAAACAAGACUCCUUUCAGUUGUAUGAUCGUAUACGGAACCGUGGAAUCAGACCCGAACCGCUCAAUCACAAUCUAUCGCAACACCUCAACGACAUCCGGAAUGAGAUCAACGGCCUUCUUAACCCAUCUUCGGAGGCCUUGGAAUUGGCCCAGAUCUUGUCCAAUGCCAGUUUCCAGGUGGGUCCAUAUUUUUAUACAAAAGCGGUAAAAGUGCAGAGGGUUAAUAUAUUCAUGACUCAUCCGUCUUCUUCUUUUCAAACCCAUAAGCGAGACCAUCUUUAGGCGAUCGUACAAUCACACGAUAUCGCGGUUGAAGAAGUAUUCGCUUCGGUACCGAUGGAAUGCAGUCUGAUUCAAUCCACAUCCACCAAAACCCCUAAUUUCAAUGUGGCUGCCAGCGAACAACAUAUCUCUACACUUUCAUAUCAAGUAAGUUCGCAAGACAAAAAAAUCAGUGACUCUUGUCUAAUAAAUAGAUUUAUCAUCAACUUUUAGACGGGUAAUUCUCUUUCGGGGCAACUUGCAAACGGCCAUUUGGUGCAGAUGUGUUCUCAGAUGCAGAUAGAUCAGGCAGCGACCUCGACUUGUCCUCCUUCCAAAGUGCCUGAAACAAAUCUCCCAGGUCCCAGUUCUUCGGCAAGUACAACAAGUAUGCAUCGAGGAUUGGCAAUCGACCAUCAAGAGCCUGGCACCUCCAAGACAGAUCCCAGUCAAGCCUUCUACGAUGACGACGAUGACGAUCUAAUUCUGAAUGCAGUCAGUCGAGUGAGGUUGGUCCAAUUCCAGAAGGACACUGAAGAGCCGAUGGGGAUUACGCUAAAGAUCACCGAGGACGGACGAUGUUUGGUGGCCAGGAUUAUGCAUGGAGGGAUGAUCCAUCGACAAGGCACUCUGCAUGUCUUUGAUGAAAUCAGGGAGAUCAAUGGGAUGCCGGUGGCCAAUCAAAGUGUCGAUGCUUUACAACAAAUGCUCAGGGAGGCCCGAGGGCAUGUCACGUUCAAGAUCGUGCCCUCAUAUCGCUCUGCUCCUCCAGCUUGCGAAAUUUAUGUGCGAGCUCAGUUCGAUUACGAUCCAACUCAGGAUGACCUGAUCCCUUGUUCCGAGGCUGGCGUCCCUUUCAAAACCGGAGAUAUUCUCCAAGUUAUCUCCAAAGAUGAUCACAACUGGUGGCAAGCACGAUAUGUUCAUGCGUUUCCAGGCCUAGGAUCAGCCCAAUCUCAUCUUCAAGCCUCUACUUCGACUAUCGGGAACCAUGUCUCAAGCAGAUCUCCUCAAAGUCCAACCUCUUCUACGCCAGUUGCGGGUCUGAUCCCAUCUCCGGAACUUCAGGAGUGGAGAACAGCUUGCUUGGCGAUGGAAAGAGCAAAAGACAAUCAUACUUGCAUGUGGUUCAACAAGAAGAAGAAAUAUUACACCACUAAAUAUCUGAGGAAACAUUCGGAUCUGUUCGAACAAGUAGAUCUUGUUACGUAUGAAGAGGUCGUCAGAUUAUCCACAUUCAGACGAAAGACUCUUGUCCUUCUGGGGGCUCAUGGGGUGGGGCGAAGGCACAUUAAGAACACGUUGAUUCAUCGACAUCCCAACAGAUUUGCAUAUCCAAUUCCCCACACAACAAGGCCUCCGAGGAAAGACGAAAUCGACGGAAAACAUUACUAUUUCGUCUCCAAUGAUGCCAUGUUAUCAGAUAUAGCGGCAAACGAGUAUCUCGAAUAUGGAACACAUGAAGAAUGCAUGUACGGGACAAAGUUGGAGACCAUCAGGAACAUCCACAGGACGGGAAAGAUGGCUAUUUUGGACGUGGAACCUCAAGUAAGCCAUUCAGAACAAAAAAAAAUUUGGUUACUUUCGAAACAAUCUGUACAAAUAAUGAUCUUUCAGGCACUAAAAACCCUUCGAACGGCUGAAUAUGCACCAUUCGUCGUGUUCAUUGGAGCUCCAGAUCUCCAUGGACUUCAAGAUGUGAGUAACGAAUAAAAAUUUGCAUUUCUCAUUGCAUAUUUAUAUCUUAAUGCGUUUUUUUCAGCCCGAUGGAAGUCUGGAACGUCUCGUAAAGGAAUCAGAGAUCCUUCGUCAAGCCUUUGGACAUCUGUUUGACUAUGUAAUCUGUAAUAAUGACAUCGAUGACACGAUCCGUCAAUUGGAAUUGGUGGUUGAAAAACUGAGUGCCAUUCCCCAGUGGGUGCCCAUCUCAUGGGUCUAUUGA